GCCAAGUUGAGCCGAGCCAUGCACCUGGACAUGCUGGGCCGGCUAUUGUCCAUAGGACGGGCGGUGCUGGCGGCGCUGCGGGGGCGCCUGGGUGCGUUGUGCUGGAGCCUGACUCCCUUGUCCCUGUCCCUGUCUCUGUCCCUGCCCUUGCCCGGCUGGCGACGGGACUCACCCCCACGGCGGGAGCGAGAGCAGGAGUGGGACGACGCGUCCCCGACACCCACCAGUGUCAACUACCACUUCACUCGGCAGUGCAACUACAAGUGCGGCUUCUGCUUCCAUACUGCCAAGACCUCCUUCGUGCUGCCGCUGGAGGAGGCCAAGCGGGGGCUGGCGAUGCUCAAGGAGGCGGGAAUGGAGAAAAUAAAUUUCUCGGGAGGAGAACCGUUUCUUCAGGACAGAGGCGAAUUUGUAGGCAAACUGGUCCAAUUUUGCAAGCAGGAGUUGGAGCUCCCAAGUGUCAGCAUUGUUAGCAACGGCAGCCUGAUCAGAGAGCGGUGGUUCAAGAAGUACGGUGAAUAUUUAGACAUUCUGGCAAUUUCAUGUGAUAGUUUUGAUGAGGAUGUCAACAUUUUAAUCGGCCGUGGUCAAGGAAAGAAGAACCACGUGGAAAAUCUGCAUAAACUGAGACAGUGGUGCCGAGAGUAUGCUGUUGCUUUCAAAAUAAAUUCGGUGAUCAACAGAUUUAAUGUUGAGGAAGAUAUGAAUGAGCAGAUCAAGGCACUCAACCCUGUGCGCUGGAAGGUAUUCCAGUGCCUGCUCAUUGAAGGGGAGAACAGUGGUGAGGAUGCCUUGAGAGAAGCAGAAAAAUUUGUUAUUAGUGAUGAAGACUUUGAACGAUUCCUGGAUCGCCACAAAGAUGUCUCCUGUUUGGUACCUGAAUCUAAUCAGAAGAUGAGAGAUUCAUACCUCAUUCUGGAUGAAUAUAUGCGUUUUCUAAACUGUAGAAAUGGACGGAAAGAGCCUUCCAAGUCUAUCCUAGAUGUUGGUGUGGAAGCAGCUAUAAAAUUCAGUGGAUUUGAUGAGAAGAUGUUCCUAACAAGAGGAGGAAAAUAUGUGUGGAGUAAAGCCGACAUGAAACUAGACUGGUAACUCAAUAUACUGAGUUAGGGCAGUGCAUCAUGUAAAGAAAAUAUGUGUUUAUAUGAUGAGUGUAUACCUGUAUUUAAUGCUUUUAAUUACACUUGGUAUAUUAUACAGACUGAUGUUCAGUAUAACUCUAUAUGUGAAUGUGGUUUUUAAAUGCAGAUUAUGCACUUUUAUUUUAUUGAGCAUAACUUAAUACUUUCAGAGCUUUCAUAUGAACACAUGUCUGAAAUAAACUUUCUAAUCCAUUUUAUGAAGGACUUAAGGACAAACUGUUAACAUAACGUCAUGCAGUAAAUGUUUUUAAAAUACUACGUGAGUGUGCAUGCCAGAUAAAUCAAACUCCACCCCAAUCUCUACUUCAUUAUAAACAGCUGUAAGAACGGAGAAGUGAAAACUCUUAUCGGGGAAUGCAUUCUGCCUGUUUCUCAGGGAAAGGUGGAUUGUAGUUCCUCUGUAGAUCACAAGAGGGCCAGCUGGCAGGCCACUGGAAGCACCAUCUGCCUUUUUCGGGGGUAAUAGAGGGUCAGAAUCUAGGAAUCAUUAUCUGUAAUAAUGUGUUUAAAAGAAAAUCAAGAUGAAAAAUUUGGCCAUUUUCAUUUUUUAAGACUUAACUGUAAAAGUAUCUAGUUUUAUUCUCCCUCUCCUCCAUAUGCACAGAGGACAUUUGCAAAAAUGUUGGGGGAUGUAAAUUUCUGCAAAAACAUAUUUUUAGUCAUGAAAGAAUAUUGUAUUUGUCCAUCCUAAAACCUAGAAGUACGUUCUACCUAAUGAUAAACAACUUCUUAUUUCACAUUGGCAAUGGCCUUAGUUCUAACUAAUAUUUACAGUGAGAAUGUUUGCAUUUUAUUAAUUCCUCCAUUUUCCUUUUAUCUGCAAAUAUUGAUUUAUUAUUUUCAGCUUUUUUUCUCUCUGCAUGCAUACAGUUCUGAUGAAAAUUCCUUCUCAAUUAAUACUAUGUAGCACAACCUAACAUGAAUCUUCUGUUGUAUAGUGGCUUUUUAUUUUGCUAAGCCAUGGAAUUACAAACAGAAAAGUUCAUGUAUCAUGUAACCUUGCUUUAGAGGUUGCUUGGUUUAGUAAUUAAUUAUCUUGCUGGUUGCAAACCUGCAAAUAUUAAAUGAAAUUAGCUGUAUUU